CUUUCUCUCUGUGUCUCACUUUGGUUCCUGGGUUUGAGGUGGAGGUUUACCUGAGAGGUUCUUUUGCUUAAUUCUCUUUUGGACUGUUGUCUGUGUUUUUGUCUCUUCUGUUGUCCACUGAUAAUCAGGUGUGGACUCUGCUAUGGAUCAGUGUGAGGACACAGAGGAGGGACCCCAGAAAACCGGUCUGUGUGGGGACCAGGAGAUCCAGAUCAAAGAUCAGAGACCACAGCAGGACACAGCGCCCUCUGCUGGACCUGAACCUGAACCCAGCUUGGUGUCUCUGAAGAGUGACAGGUCUAUGGACCGUCUCAUUGAUUUCAAAGGACAACGAGCGUCUACUGGACAGAAACCACAGCAGGACACAGCGCCCUCUGCUGGACCUGAACUUGAACCCAGCUUGGUGUCUCUGAAGAGUGACAGGUCAAACAGAUGUCUCAUUAAUUUCAAAGGACAACGAGCGUCUGCUGGACAGAAAGUGAAGCAGCAGAGCUCAGAGGUUCUCAGGGUUCAAUCUGCUCAACAGCAUCAAACAAACCUGAACCACAUGUUUCUGAAUGUCAAGCAGAACAUGUUGAUGUUUGUUAAAAAUGAGCUGAAGAGCAUCCAGAAGGUUCUCCUGACAGAUGAUGCAGAAUACUUGGAGAGUCAGAGUGAGGAUGAGGAGCAGAGGAGCAGCAGACUGGUUUUCCUGAACCUCACAGUGACCUUGAUGAGGUCAAUGAAUUAUGAUGAGCUGGCUGACUGUCUGCUGAGCAGAACUCGUGCUGAAGUUUGUCGUCGUAAAUUCAAAUCUAAGAUGAAGCAGAAGUUUGAGCGUGUGUUUGAGGGGAUCUCUAAAGCAGGAAAGACGACUCUUCUGAAGGAGAUCUACACAGAGCUCUACAUCACAGAGGGCGGGGCUUCAGAGGUCAACAAGGAACAUGAGGUCAGACAGAUUGAAGCAGCAUCCAGGAAAACAGACAAACCACAAAGAACAAUCACAUGUGAAGACAUCUUUAAAGUCUCAGCUGACACACAGCCACCAAUCAGAACAGUGCUGACAAAGGGCGUGGCCGGCAUCGGAAAAACAGUCUUAACACAGAAGUUGACUCUGGACUGGACUGAAGGACGAACCAACCAGGACGUCCACUUCAUAUUUCCAUUCACUUUCAGAGAGCUGAAUGUGCUGAAAGAGAAGAAGUUCAGCUUGGUGGAACUUGUUCAUCACUUCUUCGCUGAAAUCAAAGAAGCAGGAAUCUGCAGCUUCCAACACUUCCAGGUCUUGAUCAUCUUGGACGGUCUGGAUGAGUGUCGCCUCCCUCUGGACUUCCACAGCAAUGACAUCCUGACUGAUGUCACAGAGUCGAGCUCAGUAGAUGUUCUGCUGACAAACCUCAUCAGGAGGAACCUGUUUCCCUCUGCUCACCUCUGGAUCACCACACGACCUGCAGCAGCCAAUCAGAUCCCUCCUGAGUGUGUGGACAUGGUGACAGAGGUCAGAGGCUUCACUGACCCUCAGAAGGAGGACUACUUCAGGAAGAGAUUCAGAGAUGAGGAGCAGUCCAGAAGAAUCAUCUCCCACAUAAAGACAUCACAAAGCCUCCACAUCAUGUGUCACAUCCCAGUCUUCUGCUGGAUCACUGCUACAGUUCUGGAGGACGUGUUGGACACCAGAGACACACCAGAGCUGCCAGAGACCCUGACUGAGAUGUACAUCUACUUCCUGGUGGUUCAGUCCAAAGUGAAGAAGGUCAAGUAUGAUGGAGGAGCUGAGAUAGAUCCACUGUGGAAUCCAGAGAACAGGAAGAUGAUUGUGUCUUUGGGAAAACUGGCUUUUGUGCAGCUGCAGAAAGGGAACCUGAUCUUCUAUGAAGAGGACCUGACAGAGUGUGGCAUCGAUAUCAGAGCAGCCUCAGUGUACUCAGGAGUCUUCACACAGAUCUUUAAAGAGGAGAGAGGACUCUACCAGGACAAGGUCUUCUGCUUCAUCCAUCUGAGUGUUCAGGAGUUUCUGGCUGCUCUUUAUGUCCAUCUGACCUUCAUCCAGUCUGUAGUCAAUCUGCUGUCAGAAGAACAAACAACAUCCUGGUGGACUAAAAUAUUUAAACCUGAACUAACACGUCUCCAUCAGAGUGCUGUGGACGAGGCCUUAAAGAGUCCAAAUGGACACCUGGACUUGUUCUUGCGCUUCCUUCUGGGUCUUUCCCUGCAGACCAAUCAGACUCUCCUACGAGGCCUGAUGACACAGACAGACAGAAUCUCAGAGACCAAUCAGAAAACAGCUGAAUACAUCAAGAAGAAGCUCGAUGAGAAUCUGUCUGCAGAGAGAAACAUCAAUCUGAUCCACUGUCUGAAUGAACUGAAGGAUCGUUCUCUAGUGGAUCAGAUCCAACAGUUACUGAGCUCAGGACGUCUCUCUGUAGAACAUCUGUCUCCUUCUCAUUUAUCAGCUCUGAUCUUCAUCUUACUGUCAUCAGAUCAACAUCUGGAUGUGUUUGACCUGAAGAAAUACUCUGCUUCACAUGAGGCUCUUCUGAUGCUGCUGCCAGUGAUCAAAGCAUCUAAAAAAGCUUUGUUGUCUGGAUGUAAUCUGUCAGAGAGAAGCUGUGAAGUUCUGUCUUCAGUUCUCAGCUCUCAGUCCUCCAGUCUGACAGAACUGGACCUGAGUAACAACCAGCUGCAGGAUUCAGGAGUGAAGCUGCUGUCUGCUGGACUGGAGAGUCCACACUGUCACCUGGACACUCUCAGGUUGUCUGUCUGUAAUCUGUCAGAGAGAAGCUGUGAAGUUCUGUCUUCAGUUCUCAGCUCUCAGUCCUCCAGUCUGACAGAACUGGACCUGAGUAACAACCAGCUGAAGGAUUCAGGAGUGAAGCUGCUGUCUGCUGGACUGGAGAGUCCACACUGUCACCUGGACACUCUCAGGUUGAGUUGGUGUGAUCUGUCAGAGAGAAGCUGUGAAGUUCUGUCUUCAGUUCUCAGCUCUCAGUCCUCCAGUCUGACAGAACUGGACCUGAGUAACAACGAUCUGCAGGAUUCAGGAGUGAAGCUGCUGUCUGCUGGACUGGAGAGUCCACACUGUCACCUGGAGACUCUCAGGCUGUCAGGCUGUCUGAUCACACAUGAAGGCUGUGCUUCUCUGGCCUCAGCUCUGACCUCCAACCCCUCCCAUCUGAGAGAGCUGGACCUGAGCUACAACCAUCCAGGAGACUCAGUCAAGCUGCUGUCUGCUGGACUGGAGGAUCCACGCUGGACUCUGGACUCUCUCAGGGUGGAUCCUGGUGGAGUCCGAUGGCUGAGACCAGGUCUGAGGAAGUAUUUCUGUGAACUCUCUCUGGAUCCAAACUCAGCGAACAGAAAACUCAAACUGUCCAACAACAACACAAAGGUGGAACAUGUGGACGAGGAUCAAUCAUAUCCUGAUCAUCCAGACAGAUUUGACCUUUGCCCUCAGGUCCUGAGUACAACUGGUCUGACUGGUCGCUGUUACUGGGAGGUCGAGUGGAGACGAAACGUUUUUAUAUCAGUGACUUACAGAAGAAUCAGAAGGAAAGGAGACAGUUUGGACUGUUGGUUUGGACGUAAUGAUCAGUCCUGGAGUCUGAUGUGCUCUGAUGGUUUUUGUUACUCUGUCUGUCACAAUAACAGACAAACAGUCCUUCCUCUCUCCCCUUCGUCCUCUCACAGAGUCUCAGUGUUUGUGGACUGUCCUGCUGGCACUCUGUCCUUCUAUGACGUCUCCUCUGACUCUCUGAUCCACAUCCACACCUUCUGCUGCACGUUCACUGAACCUCUGUGUGCUGGGUUCAGGUUCAGGUUCUGGUCUGGUUCUGGUUCUUCAGUGUCUCUGUGUGGACUGUAGGACAGAGAGUCUCCUCCUGUGGACACAAACACUCGAUCACACACGUUUGGACAGUAAAUGUCCAGCUGGUUUGAUUUUGACGUCUCAGUUGUUGUAAAUUCAGCCUGUAAACAAACAUGAUUUUCACGAUUGACAGUUUGUUUGUUUGUUCAAAGAAACAAACAAUAAACAGAGUCCACUUAUUGUUGUCUCUGGGACAGUCUGUUCAUGAUUGACAGCUUGAAAUCUGUCUCUCCUGAUUGUCUUUUUCUGAUCAAAGCAGUUUGAUGUGUUGAUUGUCUGUCUGUCUGUCUGUCUGUCUGAUCACAAAUCAUUUGGGCGUCUUCAUUGUGGCUCCGCCCACUUGCAGCCAUCAGACAGGUGGAUCUAUGUCCAAGUAAAACAGCUUGUUGUUUUGUUUUUUUAUUCCUAAAUCUAUCAUUAAACUGUAAAAAUGUUCAAACUCAUAAAAUGUGUUUUUGUCCAUUUGAGCCUUGAGGAGGAAUAAAGUAAUUUUUCACAGUCUGA